AUGCACCAAAGAGUCACUAAGUAGGGACACUAGAUAGGCUUUGUGAUAACACACGGGUCCUGUACACUGUUCUAUUCGUGAUUUAGGAUGAAACCUAAGGCGAAGAGCAGAGGAAGCACUUUGUCCCUGACACAUUAAACAUGAGUCUCAUAGUGAAUGAGCUGCUGCUGUGCUGCAGAGGGCUGGAUAAUGACAAGGCUACAGAGAGGAAGAAGGAAGUCGAUCGUUUCAAGAGGCUUCUCCGGGAUCCUGAAAUGUUGCGGGAACUCGACAGCGUCUCCACCACCAGAGCCUCGAGAGGCAACACCCAGCUCACGUGGGAUGCUGUGUUCAGGUUUUUAAAGAAGUACCUGCAGAAAGAGACGGAGCUCCUGAAGUCCGGGAAAGUGAGCGUCUCAGCCUCCACUCAGGCCAACCGGCACAAGAAGAUGCAGGAGAUCAGCAGCCUGAUGAAGUUCUUUAUACGAUGUGCAAACAAACGAGGCCCGAAGUUAAAGUGUGCAGAUCUGCUGGCUCAUGUGGUAGAGGUUCUACAGAGCUCAUUUAGCUGUUCUGCGUAUGGAGAGGACUACAGCAGCAUCCUGCUCAAGGAUGUCCUGUCUGUCCGCAAGUACUGGUGUGAGAUCACGCAGCAGCAGUGGCACUGUCUGCUCGACGUGUUUUGUGGACUUUUCACUGCAUCUAAAUCCAUUAACCGGGUUUCAGUGAGCAGGAUCAUUCACACCCUGGUGCAGGGAUGCUGCCUACAGACUGACAGCUUGUCACACACACUCUUCAGCUUUUUCUCAACAGCUCUAAGUAACACCAGAGCAGAGAGACAGCUGCAAGUGCUGGAGAACCUGAUCUCCGCUCUGAACGUGUUCCUGCGGUCUGUGGCGAUGAACCGCAGGAGACGUGUGUGCAGCCUGGGUGAGGAGCUGCUUCCAUCCAUCCUGUACGUAUGGAGCGAGAAGAGGCCCAGCGCCAGUCUGAAGGAGGAAAUGGUGGCCUUCUUUAACACGCAGCUCAGCGUGCAUCAUCCCAAAGGAGCCAAGACACUGGAGACAGGUGCUCACGCAGAGGACUGGGAGAAAUGGCAGCGUCUCCUCUACAGUCUGUACGGCGCUCUCGUACAGGAGAUCAGCCAGAUCGGCAGCCGCGGAAAGUACGCUACGGGUUCUCGUCAUAUUGCAGUCAAAGAGAACCUCAUCGAGCUGACUGCAGACAUUUGUCACCAGCUGUUUAGUCAGAACUCACGUGCGAUGUCGAGAGACGGCACACAGAGCAGUAAGCGGCGGCGUAUAGAGUUGGGCUGGGAGACGCUGAGGGAUCACCUCCAACCCCAUCACAGUGACUUCGACAUGAUUCCUUGGCUACAGGUGACAGCUGCUCUGGCGUCUAAGUACCCCUCCAUGCUUCCUGCCCAGGAGAUGCCCCCUCUGCUGUCUCUGCUGUGCCAACUGCUGGGCGAGCAGCAACGUCGAGGAGAGAGGGGCUCGUACGUGCUGCGCUGCCUGAAACAGGUGGCUUUGUGCCAGAGCAAAAUCUCAGGAAAGAACCAGGCUCCGUCGGCGGAACUGGGCCGGAUUUGGGCCAGAGUGUGGGCGCUGGCAGUGCGGGGUGUCAGUGCUGCCCACACCGAGGCUCUGUGUCUAGAGCUGUUACAAACCCUGGUGCAGUGCCACCUUGUGCCCGUCGACAGAGAGUUCUGGAAGCUCUUCUCUGGUGCCGUGUGUAAACCAUCUGUCGUUUCAGCUCUCAGCCUCGCCCAGGCCUUGUGUAAGUGUUCGGUUCCCAGGAGUGUGUACAGUACCGAGUGUCUGUCUGUGCUGCUGGAGGCCGGUUCUCCAACCUCGCUGAAGGAAGCGAUCAUUGACUGGCUGCUUAUGAAUGAGCAGAGUGAUGAGAUGGAGGAGAGCGUCAGGCUUCACCCGAUCAUCUGCAGGAAUUUUCCUCUAAAUCUUAUCCCAAAAAUUCUGGUGGCUUUAACGAUGAAAGAUUCGGUGGCAGGAAUGUCGUUUCUGAUGAGUUCUCAUCAACCAGAGUGCACGUCUCCUCCAGGUCGGCCCGCUGAACCGAGAACCCUACUGAAUGAAAUUGAGACACUGUACCUGCAGGUCAGUUUUGAUGACGUGGCCUCGCACUGUGCAGCAGAAGAAAACCAAAGUCAUCAAACAUGUCAAGAAAAACCUCAGCUCACCGUCAUUGACUCUCUAAGGUCACGAGUGGAACAGAGUCUUCAGGCCGUAGCUGACCAUCUCCUCAACUCCUUCUCUCCUGAUACUCCUAAUACGUCCCCAGUGUGUAUGGUGAGCUGCUUGAGCCUUCUGACUGGAACACUGGGUGCCUUCGUCUGUAUCGGACUUCUCACUGAGGAAAGUGCGUGUCACACUCCUCUGUUUCAAAAAGCGAAGACUAUAGCGCAGGACUUCAGCGAAUACGUCACCUCUACAAAGACCAAGUUAAAUGAAGAUGAAACUCUGUCUGUGCUUAAAUCUGUGAUGAAGAUGUGCUCAGAAAGCAUCAGCAGCAAGAAUCAAGACAGUGUCUCUACAGUCUCCCGCACUUUAAUCUUGAAGACUCUUCCUGCUCGUCUGCUGAGUGAGCUGUCAGAAAUCUGCAAGAUGAUGCUAGGAAACUCCGCUAAAAGAGACAGUGCAGGAGCUGAUAACAGUCCUGAUGACAUGGAGGUGAGCAGAACACAACUGGAGGAGAACCCGCAGGAGGAAGUCGACCUGUUUGAUGAGAGUGACGGCACGCGGCAGAGCAACGACAUGACGCAGACGCUGAACACUGACUUGACAGAUUCCCAACACGGCUUAGGAGCGAAGAGCCCUCUCUCACAGGAACACCUGACCAAACAGGACCUGGCCUUCCUGGACACUCUGGAGUUUCUUUCACUGUGCACGUCGUUUGAACUUAGUACUGGACUCACCUUUAAACCCCUGGACCUGCGUCGCAAGCUGCUAAAACUUCUGGAUCUGAUGGACUGUGCCAAACCGCUGCACCUCCACAUGUAUCUGGUUCUGCUGAAGGUGCUUCCUGCAGAGAGGAUGACUCUGAAAGCUGACGAGUUCGACUUGCUGCUCAAACCUCUGGCGGACAUAUGUUCUCAGUAUCGCCUGGAUCAGGAGAUGUGCUGUAGCAUCCUAUUAGCGCUGCUGCCGUGUGUACGCUGCUUGUACAGUCCACCUGAGCAGGGCGAGGACAUGGAUCAUGUUCGGGGUGUUCUGCUGCAAGUGCUCUCAGGCUUCUGCAUCUUGGGUAAAAGUGGCAAAUGCACUUCAGCUGUAAGGGCAGCACUGGGACACUGUUUACUCGCUUUAAUGGAGGUCGAUCCUUGCUGCAAGUGGGCGGUCUUAUCCCUGAGAGAGGAGGAGCUUCCAGCUUGUGUGGUUUUGCCCUCACACCUGGCAGAACCUCACCAUCUUGUUCGGAUGCAAGCGGCCAUGAACGUAGAAAGACUGUUCUUAGAGAAGGUGGUUUGCGGAAAAGAGCAGAAGAAGAUGCUUCCAUUAAAACACCAGCAAACAGCCUUUGAGAACGUCUACCUGAAGGCACAAGAGGGGACAAAGAUCCCGAGAAACGAGUCCCCAGAAGACCUUCCUGAUGAGACCUUUAACCGACGGUCAACUCUGCUGAAAAGUCUGUCGGUGGUGAUGUGCUGCAGCCCCGUGUGUGAGAAACAGGCACUGUUUGCUCUCUUUCAGUCGUGCAAGGAGAACAGCAUCGAGGAGAACCUGAUCAAAAAGGUUUUGGUGAGCGUUUCUCUUUCUCUGGGCUACAGAAGCUCUGAGGCGUUUGUCUGCUCUCAUCUGAAUUACCUGGUGGCUGAGUGGCUGAGCCAGAGACAGACGGACAACACCUACACACUGCAGUCCUUCCCUUAUGUGCUUUUAAACUACAGCAGUCUGGAGGAGUUUUACAGGUCAUCGUAUCAUGUUCUCAUCCCACGCUUGGUCUUCCUGAAUGACUUUGAGCAGGUGAAAUCUAUUGCGAGUCACCUGAAGAAAGACUGGAGGCAGCUGGUAGCCAACUGCUUUCCUAAAAUCAUGGUGAACAUCCUGCCCCACUUCGCCGUCCCCGGCCAUGACGCCGAGGCGGCGAGACAGAGAGAGAACGCGCACCACGUUUAUGAACUGCUGAAGGAUGACCAGUGUCUGGGGAAACAGCAAAUUGACAGUCUGAUAUGUGGCAACCUGGCAGAGAUUGUUGUCGAGCUGUUGAUGACACUGUAUGAGGGCGCAGACGCUGCCGAAAGAGGAGACCUACAGAAGUUUAUUGGGGAGCUGGAUCCUGCUCCAAAUCCACCGUUCUUCAGCUCACAUGUGAUUAAAGCAACACUAGGUUACCUCAGCAAGUGUCACAGCACCAGUCAGAAGUCACUGGUAGCCAUUCUGUCCAAGACUCCAAUGUCCAUACAGAAGAUUCUGACCUCAGUGUGCCAGCGAGCAGCCGAGACCACCAACGCCUAUGAGAGGCACCGCAUCCUCAUGAUGUAUCACCUGUUUGUCAACCUGCUGCUCUGUGAGGUUAAAGAUGGUCUGGGAGGAGCGUGGGCUUUUGUACUGAGGGAUAUCAUCUACACCCUUAUACACCACAUCAACAGCAGGUCAGGGCAUCAGGACGAGGUGUCUGCUCGCAGUCUCGCUCUGUGCUGUGACCUGCUCAACACCGUGUGCCACACGGCUAUCCACUUCUGUGACGAUGCUCUAGAGAGCCACCUACAGGUCAUUGUGGGAACUCUGACAGCACAAGUCACAGAGCAGCCUGCCAUAUCUCAACAGGUUCUGAGUCUACUCAAGUUUCUGGUGAUUGAAAACCCAGAUAACGCUUAUCUGAGGAGAGCAAUUCCUUUGCUCGAGCCUUUUCCUGAUCGGCCGGCGUUCGUCGAGCUCCGAGCAGCACAGCACGCACUCAAAUACAGCUGUGGAGCCUUCAGUCUCAGACAGGAGAUCGAGCAUUUCUUGUUGGUGAGGUCAUGUGACUCGUUACCUCUCACUCGAUUGGAGGGUCUAAAGGAUUUAAAGAGACAGUUACACACUCACAAGCAGCAGGUUGUGCAGCUGGUAAAAGAAUGUCAUGCCGAUCCGGCUCGCAGUGUCCUGGUCAAGCUGCUGCUGAACCUCCUGCAGCUGUGCAAACUGGCAGCCAACCAUCCGGGAGGCCGAGACAUUUUAGAGGCUGUUGGAGGUUGCUUGGGAGAACUCGGGCCUGUGGACUUGUCUACCAUUGCGCUGCAUCAUGGGAAAGAUGAGAUUUACACCCAGGCAGCUUCGCUUUAUCCUGAAGAUGUUGGUCAUCAGUGGGUCUUCAUCAUCCUCAGCUGCAUGAACAACGCACUGACGGACCACAGUAUUUCUAUCCGCCAGGCUGCUGCUGUAUGUCUGAAGGACAUUUUGGCCACUCCGUCCGGUUUGGAUUUCUGGGAGAUGCACAAGAGCCAGAGAGACCCAAUGCUGCUUUACCUGAGUCCCUUUCGCUCAGCAAAGAGAAAAGAGCAGACGUUCAGACUGGAGGUCACUUCAGCUUCCAGAGAUGCAGUGGACAGUACAGAGUUAUGGUUAGUGCAGCAUGGAAAGCACCAGGAGUGGAUAAGGAACCUUUGUAUGGCUCUGCUGGAUAGUGGAGGGGUCUGCAAUGAAGCUCUGCUCAUGACCAGAGCACUUUGUGAGGUGAAAACAGAUUUCUGCCAGAAGAUGCUUCCCCUCUUCAUCCAUGACAUGCUGCUGAAAGACAGAAAUGGCUCAUGGAGGGAUCUCCUCUCCACACACAUCCAGCGGUUCUUCAGUAGCUGCUGCAGGUCGAAUGUUUCCAGCAGCCGACCCAACACCCCCAUGCCCUCUGAUUCAGGAGACACUGAUGCUGGUGUUCAGAGCCAAUCAGAUACAUGUUCUCUACGCACCAUGCUAGCAGUUAUCGACUACCUCAGACAGCAGAGACGACCGCUGGGACCUAACAGUGCUGAGUGUGGAACCGUGUGCGAGUCCAACUUCUGGCUGGAUCUGAAUUACCUGGAAGUGGCUCGCGCAGCACAGCUUUGCUCCGCCCAUUUCACCGCCCUGCUGUACACCGAGAUCUAUGUGGACAACAUCCGCAACACCAUGGAGGAGAAGCACAGAGCUCAAUCCAGAACGUCACGCAGGAUCACUUUUGAUGACAGCAGUCAAAACCUGUCCAUCAGCAGCAUGUCUGCGAAGAGCGUAGAAGACUUGGGCAUGAGCCUGCAGGACAUCCUGAUUGAGGUGUACAGGAGCAUUGGGGAGCCUGAUAGUCUGUAUGGAUGUGGAGGUGGCAAGCUGAUUAAUCCUCUCACUAGAAUCAGGACGUAUGAGCACGAGGCCAUGUGGGGUAAAGCCCUGGCGUCCUAUGACCUUCAUGCCAAUCUCCCUGAGGUGACGAGGCAGGUUGGAAUAAUGGAGGGUUUGCAGAAUUUAGGGCUGUGUGGGAUCCUGAACACGUACCUGCAGGGUCUGAGGAGACACGGGAUCGAGUGGGCACCUGAGCUUCGGGAGUUUCACUUCCAGGCAGCCUGGAGGAACACGCAGUGGGACACAGAUGUAGAUGAGAGGAGUGAGAAACUGAAUCCUGGCUUUAACGAGUCUGUGUUCACUGCUCUACAAGCGCUGAAGGACAAAGACGUCUUCAUGUUUGAGCAAACACUGAAAAACACCAGAGGCAGUGUGGUGGAGGAGCUUUGUCGUGGCAGUCUGGAGGCCGUCUCUUCUCUCUAUCCGGCUCUACGCAGCUUGCAGAUGAUUGAAGAAAUCCAAAGUGCCAAACAGUUUUUUAGUGAAUCCAGACAGCUGGAUUUCUACAGGAAGUGGCAUCAGCACUUAGAUCUGUUGACAGACAGUGAUUUCAGCAUGGUGGAGCCGAUCCUGGCGCUGCGUUCAUCCAUCCAGGAGACGCUUCUUAAAUGUGAGACCGAUUCAGACAGGAGAAGCUUCCUGAGCUCCACCUACUCCUCACACCUGAUGGAGCUGUGCAGACUGGCACGUGCUGCAGGCAACACCCAGCUGGCAGAGAAAGCGGUGUUUCAGAUGAAGCAGCAGAACAUGGUGAGUGUGAGCACUGCUACUUCCUGGGCGUGGCAGCUGGAGGAGGCUCAAGUGUUCUGGGUGAAGAAGGAACAAGGACUUGCUCUGGGAUUACUGAAACAAAUGAUCGAUAAACUGGAGGAUCUGGUGGAAGUGAACCACACUGUAGUGCCAGUGUACACUGAGUGUUUAAGGCUGUGUGGCUCGUGGCUCGCUGAGACGUGUUUAGAGAGUCCUGCUGUAAUAUUAGAAACCUACCUGGAGAGAGCUGUUACUGUGGGACAGGGCGACUCUUCCGAUCCUAAACUGCAGAGGCUGAAGACUCAGUCUUUCCUCUCACUUGCUCGUUUCUCUGACGCUCAGUAUCAGAGCAUCCAGAACUACAUGAAGUCCUCAGAGUUUGAGAACAAGCAGGCGCUGCUGGAGAAGGCCAGAGAGGAAGUGGAGCUCAUGAAGGAGAGAAAAGUCAUCGAUAAUCGGUACACAGUGAAGGUGCAGAGGGAACUGAAGCUGGACGUCCGUGCGCUAGACAACUUGAAGGCCGACCGCAGAUGUUUCCUGCUGAAGGCGGUGGAGAAUUAUACACGCUGCCUGGCGCUGGGCGAAGAACACGACACGUGGGUGUUUCGGCUGGCGUCACUUUGGCUGGAGAACGUCGACAUGAAGGACGUCAACAACCUGAUGAAAGAAGCUGUGGAAAAGAUCCCAUCCUACAAGUUCCUGCCUCUCAUGUACCAGCUUGCUGCCCGCAUGGGCACCAAAGUCUCCAGUCAGGUCUCUCCAGAGGAUGUGGGAUUCCACAAAGUUCUUAACAAGCUGAUCUGUAGGUCAUCCAUGGACCACCCUCAUCACACACUCUUCAUCAUCCUCGCUCUGGUCAACGCCAACAAGGACGAGUGCUUUUCCCGCAGCCGACUGUCCAAGAGCGGCACGCGGCAGCCUUCGCCUCUCGACCUGGAGCGAGCUGACGUGGCUCAGAACAUCCUCAAUGUGAUGAGGAAGAAGAAGGCACAGCUGAUCCGCAGUAUUGAGACCCUCUGCCAUGCCUACAUCACCCUCGCUUACAUGGAUGCAAGCAAACACAAAACUGAGAAGAAAGCAAUCCCCAUCCCAGCAGAUCAGCCCAUCAUGCAGAUCAAAGACCUGGAUGAUGUCAUAAUCCCCACAAUGGAGAUCAAGGUUGAUCCAUCGGGGAAGUAUGAGGAUCUGGUGACUGUCAGAUGUUUUAAACCACACUUCCACCUGGCUGGAGGUGUCAACUUGCCCAAGAUCCUGGACUGUGUGGGUUCAGAUGGACAGAGUAGGAGACAGCUGGUGAAGGGGCAGGAUGAUCUGAGGCAGGAUGCAGUGAUGCAGCAGGUAUUUCAGAUGUGCUCCACACUGCUGCAGCGUAACGCCGACACACGCAGGAGGAAACUCAACAUUCGCUGCUACAAGGUGGUGCCUUUCUCUCAGCGGAGCGGUGUUCUGGAGUGGUGCUCAGGUACUGUACCAAUAGGAGAGUUUCUGGUGGACCUUCAGAAGGGAGCACACAAACGUUUCCGUCCUCAGGACUGGAGCAGCAUGAACUGUCGCAGGAAAAUGAUGGAGGCUCAGAAGAUGGAAUUUGACCAGAAGCUGCAGGCGUACAUGGAGGUGUGCCAGAACUUUCGCCCGGUUUUCCGUUAUUUCUGCAUGGAGAGAUUCCUGGACCCCGCUGUAUGGAUGGAGAAAAGGCUGGCGUACACACACAGUGUGGCUACGUCCUCUAUAGUGGGCUACAUCGUGGGGUUGGGUGAUCGACACAUCCAGAACAUUCUGAUAGACGAGCAGACGGCCGAGCUGGUGCACAUAGACCUGGGAGUUGCCUUUGAGCAAGGGAAGAUCUUACCCACUCCAGAGACUGUGCCCUUCAGGCUGUCCAGAGACAUUGUGGAUGGGAUGGGCAUCAACGGUGUAGAGGGAGUCUUCAGAAGGUGCUGUGAGAAGACCAUGGAGGUCAUGAGGAAUUCUCAGGAGGUUCUUUUGACCAUAGUGGAGGUGUUGCUGUAUGAUCCCUUGUUCGACUGGACCAUGAACCCCCUUAAAGCCUUCUAUCUGCAGCAGCAGGACGAGCAGGCCGAGCUAAACGCCACCCUGAACCCCACACCAGCAGGAGAGGAACCUGAAACCCACCGCAGACACAGCAGCGACAGCCAGAGCUUCAACAAGGUGGCGGAGCGAGUGCUGCUGAGGCUGCAGGAGAAACUCAAAGGUGUGGAGGAGGGAACUGUGCUCAGUGUCGGGGGACAAGUCAACCUCCUCAUUCAACAGGCCAUGGACCCCAAAAACCUGAGCCGCCUCUUCCCUGGGUGGCAGGCAUGGGUGUGAAACACACACACACACACACACACACACACACACACACCUGCUCUUGAGUUGUCAUUAUCUUGUAUCUGGACUUACUCUCAUUCUCAUGCACACAAAUAAGAGUUUUGUGAAAUGAGCAGAAGUUCCUCAUCUACUGUAUCUGUACCAUCAGGAAUUCCUGCACUGUGUGUUUAGUGUUUGUAUGUACAGCUGAAUGCAGAAAUUUGUGUACCUUUAAUUUAAAAUGCUUAGUUACAUUAUUCUACUUUAUUGCAUGAAUACUUAUUUUCCCUCCACUUCCUUUCACUUGGAAGCUGUGGGGAUGUAAAUUUUUGCAUGUGGCUGAAGUUCUACUUUUUAAUCAGUGUUUAUUGUCUUCAUGUUGUCAUUUCUGUGUUUCUCGCUCACCCCCCAUCCGCCCUUAAAUGACGAAUAUUUUUGAUAACCCCUGAUUUUUCUUUUCAUACAAAAUCCUAUAUAUUUGUUAUAUAUUGAAAAUUAAUUGAGAGAAAAUGAUGAAAUCUGCUUCCACAUUGCUCAGGGCUUCAUUAGUACUGGAUCCAGUUUAAACCAGUUACAUGGCAGUAAAACACAUUGCAGAAUCUGAAAAAAAGUUAAUCAUUUAAAUAAAACAAGAGGGAAAAAUAGCAUUUUGUGAUUUAUUUAGUUCUGCCCUAUUUUACGUAACAGAUAUUUACAUGUAGUCCACAAGACACCAUAAUAAAGAAAAAGUGCAACAGC